GAAAAUACAGAGCAUUAAAAAGACUCUCUCUCUCUCUCUCACCAAACAUCCGAUGUUUCUUCCCCAGACAGAAUCCCCCUCUCUCUGUAUCUUCUUCAACAGUUUCCACAGAUCUUCCUGAAUGGGAUUUUCAAUAAUUAACGGUUUUUAAAAAUCACAAGUCGGGAUCUUUGACCAGAAAGCUUAUCUGGAUAUCAUUUCUGAUUCCUUUUCUCCAACUUUCUGAUCAGUGGCCAUCGUACAUCUCGUUUUUCUUCACGUAGAGGAGUCAAGGGUGGCCGCGGCAAAGAACAGAAAAGAGUGUCGAUUCAGGCUCGGAGAUGGAGGAGGAGCAUAAGAUCAGCAGCAGCAGCAGCAAGGGCAAAGACGUCGAUUCAGGCUCGGAGAGGUCUAUGCAGUGGAAGUCAGUUUUAGGAGAAACGUCCCAGAGAGCUUUGAAGAAGAUACGGAGCCCCGAUCAUCGGCAUAUCCCCUAUUAUCUCCUACCCUCGCCAUUUCCUUCCUCUGUCUCUGCUUUCCCCGAUCCAUCAAUCCAGCUUCCACAACAGUCAGGAUACGUUCCCAGCACCAACCAGCCAAGCCAAAGCCAGCAGCGGAUUAUCUCCUUUGCUCCUCAACAUCAGCAGCCAAUGGCUCAGCAGCGGCAGUAUCUUCUUCAGUAUUGGAGCCCGAGAGGAAGACUGGCGAUGAUGAACAGCUUAGGCCAAGAGGGUGGUCAGCUGAGGCCGUCCCUUCAGCCCUUCAGUGCCACAAAGCUAUACAGAGGAGUAAGGCAACGGCACUGGGGAAAGUGGGUUGCCGAGAUCCGUCUACCACGUAACAGGACGCGUCUCUGGCUUGGCACCUUCGAUACAGCCGAAGAAGCCGCCUUGGCUUAUGACCGUGAGGCCUUCAAGCUCAGAGGGGAAAACGCUCGGCUUAAUUUUCCCGAGCUGUUCGUCAAUAAAGAGAAUGCAUCAAACUCUUCGCAUCAGGAACAACAGGAAGUAAGCCGUGCCUUGCAUGAGCCGAGCAAGGAAACCUUGCAGAACGAGCAAGAGGCGGCUAAUGAAUCUAGAGUAGAUAAUCUUGACGAAGACUGGGGUAUCGGAUCUAGCGAAGCUGUGGCAGGGGAAGGUGUCGUCUGCGAUGCUGGGGAAAUGGGGUGGCGAGAGAUGGCUGAGGCAUGGUUCAAUGCGAUUCCAGAGGGCUGGGGACCUGGAAGUCCGGUUUGGGACGAUCUGGAUACAACCAACAAUCUUCUGCUGCAGCCUCAGCUUUCGUUUUCCAACCAGAAUCAACAUGAACCCUGUGAUGCACAGCCGGAAGACUCUUCCUCCCUUUCCUCGCCUUCUUGCCCCAUGAGGCCUUUCUUCUGGAAGGACCAAGACUGAGAAGGUGGCUUGUCCCCCAAGCUUCCUUUCUUUACCGUGAUUUCGGAACAAGGGAGUGAUUAUUAGGCAGCCAACUCCCCAGGUUAAUAAGUUCUCCGCGUCACCCGGUUUAUAUUCUUUUGCAUGUUCGAUGGUAUCUGAGUCAUAGGUUUACUUAGUACAGGACCCAAAUUAGACGGAGACAGUUUUUGUGAUCUCCCAUCCAGAUUCAUUCAGUCACCGACAUAUUUUUUUCCUGUCGGAGAACGUGAAUCAAUCUACUCCUUUACAUAGUUUAACUGCAUACAUAUCGGUCCUUGUCUUUUUCUAUUAGUGCAUAUCUCAUAUAAUAAUACGUAGUGUGUACCUUAAGAGUUCUCGUGCUAUAUUUGGUGUUCUCUCAAUCUCCAUCCAUGAAGCCUCUCAUAGCACAAGCUUCCACAACCCACGAAGCUUGGCGUUUCAAACUACGUAUCAAACAAAUUAAGGAUAGACAACGUUCCAUGGUCAGCCUAUGGAUCCCGAAUAUCUCUUUGACAUUCUCCUCUGGUUUCGGCCGAGUCUUCGUUUCCAGCAACAGACAUGGCAAAAACAGCAACGUCAGACCUGUCAUCAGUCAUGGCAGUGAUGCGUUUGGAGUCUUCUUCUUGUAUGACCAAGUUAUAAGCUUCUUCGAGGCUCGGCAAGGGUUGUCUGGAGAGGAGGUUCGAUGUUUAGAGUUUAGGGUUUAGGGUCGAAAAUGCAUGACAUCUUCCCACAACUUAGUGAGUUCGCUGAAAUAUGCUUCGACAGUCAUUCCUUAUUGUCGGCAAUUCGCCAAGUCGUUGUGUAGCUUCAGAAGGCGAGGUGCAUCGAUCUUUCGCAUAUUCGCGGUGAACAACGUCUGAUCGGAGAUCCGAUUCCAGAGUGUUUUUGAUCUAUGAUAUGAGCAGAGCAUUGUUCGUAUCUCAAUCUUCAAAGCAGAUUUCAGGACCAAUCCAUCAACAAAACCAAACUUCUUUCGAGACUUGAGAGUCUGAUGAAUGUUGACAGCCCAUUCAUCAUAAUUGUCGUCUCUCAACAACGGUUGCGAGAGGAUGAGACCCGGAUUAUCGUUGGGUGUGGUCAUAGGGAGAGAUUGUUCGUCGAGUGGCAACAAUGUUGGUUACCAUUGGAGUUGUCGCAGCCAUGGUCGGAUUCGAAGUCGGGGUCGGUUCGGAGGAUCUGUUUGUGUGGGAAGACAUGAGUGGGUAGCUUAGACCUGAUUUGCAUUGUUUCCAGACUCUGAUACCAUAUCACGGUACAUCCGAAAUGAGUAAAAAGAAAUCUGUCGUCCAUUCUCAUCUGCAACUCAAGGUAUAUUACAGACACGGGCGAUCCUUUAACCCAAAAUCUGAGAAGGAAAAUACAGAGCAAUAUGCAGAGUUCCCAUAUUGGGUUUGAUGUGCGAAUAUAGUCUAACUUCUAACGAAAUUAUUCAUUUUUUAUGAAUUGAAUAGCGGAAU